GGCUGCAGCCGCGUCCGGGCGCUCCCAGUUCCCUCCCAGCGCUCCCAGUAAGAGCGGUACUGGCAGGGAGAGCAUUCCCAGUUCCUGCCCGCUGCUCUCACCAUCGUUCCCAGCGCUCCCAGUAACAGCGGCACUGGCAGGGAGAGUGCUCCCAGUUCCUGCCCGCUGCUCUCACCAUCUUUCCCAGUGCUCCCAGCAUCACUCCCAGUGCCGCGCUGGCUGGGCCGCUUUGGAACCCCCUAGGGCAGAGCGCGGCUGCUUUUGGGUGUCGGCACUGCCCGGGCCAGGCUGGGAGCGGAGGAAGAGCGGGAGGGAGAGGAGGGACAGAGGAGGAGGAAAAGGAAAGGAAAAGAGAGGAUUGAGAGAAGAGGAGGAGGAGGAGGAAGAGGAGGGGCAGAGGAGCAGCGGGAGGAGGAGCAGCUCCAGCCCCACGCGGUUGCCCCGCUCAGGCUGUGGCUUCCCUGGCUCUGCCGGCAUUGCCCCCCUGGAACCGCAGGAUUUCCUAGUUCCAAACCUUGGCCAGAUGGAGAAAGAGUCUGCGAGGAAGAGGAAGAUGCCUCGGGACCCCCAUGCAGACAAGGAGCUGAGGAUGGAGAUCAGAGAGGACAAAUCUCCGCAGCAGAACCUCGUGGAAGAGGCUGUUUUGAGUGGCUCCAGGGCACAGGAACCCAAUGGGGAGGAAAAGCCAGAGAGAUUCCACACGAGGAGGGUCUGCAACAACAGAUCGCAGGGAUCAGAGGAGGAAAGACCCACCCUGGACCGGAAAUGCAGCCAGAGCUUGGAGCUAGGGGUCCAUGAGCUGCUUCACGAUGGGGAGAAGCCUGACAGGUGCUCAAAAUGUGGAAAGAGCUUCAGCCAGAGAUCCUAUCUGAUCUGCCACCAGAGAAUCCACAUGGGGGAACGGCCCUAUGAGUGUGCUAAAUGCAGGAAGAGGUUUCAGAGCAGCUCCCAUCUCCUCAGGCACCAGUUGAUUCACUCAGAGGAGAGGCCUUUUCACUGCCUUGAAUGUGGGAAGGGCUUUAAGAACCACUCUGCCCGUGUCACCCACCAGUGCAUCCACACCGGGGAGACACCCUAUAAGUGUUCCCAGUGUGGGAAGAGCUUCAGGUCGAGCUCCAACUUGAUCGUCCACCAGAGGAGCCACACAGGGGAACAGCCCUACAAGUGUGGGGAGUGUGGGAUGAGCUUCAGGGCAAGCUCCAACCUCAUCAAACACCAGAGGAUUCACACAGGGGAAUGGCCCUAUGAGUGUGAGCAGUGUGGGAAGAGGUUUCAGACCAGCUCCGAUCUCCUCAAGCAUCAAAAGAUUCACACCGAGGAGAGGCCCUUCCACUGCCAAGACUAUGGGAAGGGUUUCAGUGUCAACUCUGACCUUGUCAAGCACCAGCACAUCCACACUGGGGAGAGGCCCUACGAGUGUGAUAAAUGCAGGAAGAGGUUUAAGACCAGUUCCACUCUCCUCAAGCACCAGCGCAUUCACACAGAGGAGAGGCCCUUCCGCUGCCCCAACUGCAGGAAGGGCUUCAAGCACAAUUCCACCCUCGUCAGGCACCGGCGCAUUCACUCCGAGGAGAGGCCCUACGAGUGUCCCCAGUGUGGGAAGAGCUUAACCCAGAGCUCCAACUUGACCCAACACCAACGGAGGCACCGUUAAGGGAAGCCCUGCCAGUGUCCCCAGUGCAGGAAGAGCUUCUUGAGCUGCUCCAGCUCUAUCCCCCAUGGGAGGAUCCGUGUUGGAUGAUCCCCAGCGACCCCAGGUGGUCAAAGCCCCAGUGAUCCAUGGUGUUGGUGAUCCCUGUUGGGAAGACACCUGGCUGGGGUCUCCACAUCCUCCAGGCUCCCCAUGGGCCACCUGGACACAUCCACAAACCAACAUCAGAAAUCUGUUGUGAAGAGGGGAGUUGUUGACUUCUGACCCCAGAAAAAUCUCACUUUUUGCAUCUUCUGGUGGCAUCCAGCAACACUGGCUGGCUUUUAAGGUCUUCGCCAACAUAAAUCCAUCCUUUUAUUUCUUUCUGGCCCAUGGGCAUCUUCCACAGCCAAAUGGGGACAGGCUGGGGCAAAGCCCACCAUUUUGGAGACAGUGGGGUAGAAACCCUUCCAAAAAUGUUCCUUCUACCCAACCAAGCAUGUGGAUGCUCUCCUGGCGGGGACAUGUAAAUCCUUUUGUUUUGGCCUUGAAAGGAAAAGGUUUCUCUUCAUCCCUUUAGGACCCUGAAAUUUGGGUAAAAGUAAAGACGUUGAACUUAGGCAUUCAUGGGGAUAUGUGGGGGACAGUGACAUAGGUGGGGCCAUAUGGAAACAUGGCCAUGGAUGGGGACAUUGGGGGACAUGGACAUGGGUAAUGAUAUGAGGAACGUGGGUGAGAACAUGAACUGGAACAGCAUCAAUGCCACCACCUGUGCUACCACAGUGCCACCAGCACCUUCAACUUGGCCAUGGCAAAGUGCUGCCCAGUGCAGCACCACAUUCCCACUGUCACAUCUGUGAUGUCCCAGACAAAUGUCACCUCCCACCACGGCAGGACAGGAAACUUGCUCAGCUGGUGACAAGUGACCCAGAAGCAAGUGACAGACACCAGGGUGUCCCAGGGCCACUGCGCUCAGGGGACCCCAACCACCCCUGGGGACACGGCAAGAGUCAGUGUCACCCACAGGGUCAUGUGGCUCUGCACUGGGUGUCACCAGAGCUGUCCUGGUGGCAGCAUCCCCACGGGUGUGCUGACAUUGUCCCCGAUGUGUGCCCUGAUGGCAUCAUGUCCUCUCCCUCUCUAUGGCUCCCUGUCACCCCUCUGUGUGUUCCUGUCCUGUCCUGUGUGUCCCUGUCCCCUAUGUGAGUCCUGUCCCCAUCUCCCUAUGUGUCCAUGACCCCUUCUGUGUGUUCCCUUCCCUCCCCCUAUGUCCCUGUCCCCACUGAGGGUCCCCCAGGUCACCCCAGGACCCCCAAACCCCUCCCAGUUCCCUCUGCAGCCCCAGCUGAGGGGGAGCUCAGCCCAGGACCCGCCAUCCUUUGGGGCUCCUCCGAGGGCAGUGAACAGGAGAGUUCCCGGCUCGGAGAGGCCCCAGCAGAGGAGGGGAUCUUGUCCCUCCUCGAGGCGCUUUAAGGGUCUUCAGGCCCCUUUGAACAGGAGUUUUUCUCUUUUUAGGGUUUUUAGGGGGGGAAUCCCACCACUCCAAGGGUGUUUUUUCCUCCCAUUCUUAGGGUGUUGAUGAGGCCGCAGCCCCACAAGCCCCUUUUAAUGGGAGAUCAUGACGGCUUUUAGUGACAUUUUUAUGGGGCCCCCACUCCAAGCCCCUGUAGGGGAUCUUUUGCCCCCCAGGGUGGAAUUUUGUGGUUCUUUCUUCCAUCGCCACUUUAAGGGCCCCACUGUAACUCCUCUUAAAAGGGCAACACCACUCCUGCUGAUUCCAGCAGUGGAGCCUGGGGGCGUUGGGGGUACCAGGAGGGUUUGGGGGGUCCCGGGAGGGUUUGGGGGUACCUGGGUGAUGCUGAUGAUGGCAAUGGAGACCCUGUGCUGGGUAUGAACGUUCAUGAGGAUUUCUUGGGAAA